CGCAAUAUUCGCAGUAAUACGGUAAGUGCGGUGACGCGCCUCUAGCAUGAUUUGGCUGGAUGUCAAGUGCGUCGCCGGUUUGAGCGAUACUGCCGGACGUCGAUCCUGAUACUCGAGUCGUGGGCUUUAGCAACAAUGAACCGGACUGAUUAAAGGCGGAGCUCGUUUUAGAAAUCACUCGCGACUGCCCAGUGCGCGGUGGUCAUGUUCUCGUAAAGCAGAAGGCUGCUGUCUUCCAGAAUGUCUGCGUGUUUGCAGCGAGAAACCGGUCUCCCCGGAUCCGGCGACGCCAAGAGAGCCGAUACCAGAGCCAACGGGAAGAAAUGCUCCUGGGCGUCUUACAUGACCAACUCCCCAACGCUGAUCGUCAUGAUUGGCCUUCCCGCUAGAGGCAAGACCUACAUGUCCAAGAAACUCACUCGCUAUCUCAACUGGAUAGGAGUUCCAACAAAAGUAUUUAACCUGGGGGUCUACAGAAGGGAUGCGGUCAAAGCCUACAAGUCUUAUGACUUUUUUAGGCAUGAUAAUGAAGAGGCCAUGAGAAUAAGAAAGCACUGCGCCUUGGUAGCCCUGCGUGAUGUGAAGACCUACCUGACUGAGGGAGGACAAAUUGCAGUCUUUGAUGGUACCAACACUACCCGGGAGAGGCGCGACCUCAUCCUGAAUUUCGUGAAGGAGAACGCAUUUAAGGUGUUUUUCGUGGAGUCGGUCUGUGAUGACCCAGAUGUUAUUGCUGCUAACAUCUUAGAAGUGAAGGUGUCAAGUCCAGAUUACCCAGAAGCACACAGAGAAAGGGUCAUGGAUGACUUCCUGAAACGCAUUGAGUGCUACCAAGUGACCUACCAGCCACUAGACCCUGACGACUACGACAAAUACCUGUCCUUCAUAAAAGUGAUGAACGUGGGCCGCCGCUUCCUGGUGAACCGCGUGCAGGACUACAUCCAGAGCAAGAUCGUCUACUAUCUCAUGAACAUCCGCGUGCACUCGCACUGCAUCUACCUGUGCCGGCACGGCGAGAGUGACCACAACGUGCAGGCCCGCAUCGGCGGCGACUCGGAGCUUUCUCCCCGUGGAAAGCAGUUUGCCGAAGCUUUGCACGGCUUCAUUGAGGAGCGCGGCCUGUCAGAUCUGAAGGUCUGGUCCAGCCAGCUGCGGAGGAGCAUCCAGACAGCGGAAACUCUUGGCGUUCCCUAUGAACAGUGGAAGAUCCUGAACGAGAUCGAUGCUGGAAUAUGUGAGGAAAUGACCUAUGAGAUGAUUCAGAAGUCUUUGCCAGAAGAGUUUGCACUGAGGGACCAGGACAAGUACCAUUACAGAUACCCUGGAGGAGAGUCCUAUCAGGACCUGGUCCAGCGCCUGGAGCCGGUCAUCAUGGAGCUGGAGCAGCAGGGCAACGUGCUGGUCAUCUGCCACCAGGCGGUCAUGAGAUGCCUCCUAGCUUACUUUCUGGAUAAGAAUGCAGAUGACCUCCCGUACUUAAAGUGUCCCCUCCACACUGUUCUGAAACUCACUCCUGUGGCUUACGGCUGCAAAGUGGAAACCUUUUACCUGAAUGUGGAGGCGGUGAACACCCACCGCGACAGACCAUUGGGAAAAGCUCGGAGGAGCCCAGCUACCCUGCUGCUCCGACGGAAUAGUUACACCCCUCUCUCCAGUCACGACCAGGUCAAACGGCCCCGCCUGUACAGCGCCGGCAACCGGCCGUGGCUCCCACUCGUCCCCUCCCCCUCCGCCCUGCACGUCCCUGACACGCCUGCGGGGGUGCUGCUGAGCCAAGAAUCCUUGCGUGAAGGAAUUGUCUCUGACAGCUCAGAAGACGUUGCUGACUGUUUCUACUUCUGAGUAGCACCGAAGGCCUUGAGCACCCAGUGCACAACCUGAGACUAACAUUCUUUAUAGCCCCAUCAUCCCACUGCACAGGAAGUCCAUAACCCUUUAAGAUGCCACAUGUAUCAGUUAAUACUAGUAACAUAUCAAGAUCACAUGUCAAUACUCAUGUCAAAUAUAAUAUAAUUUCUUGUCUAUUUAAAUCCUAAGAAUGCUGAGACUUUCACUUUAAAUCUUUUAUUUUGUAAAAUCCAAAUGACGAGCUGCACAGAUUGCUGUACAAAGAGUGUUUCGGGUAUAACACUUUAUUGGUGUUUUCAAGAAAGUGUAAAAUGUACUUCUCUGGAAAUUAUG